AUGAAUAAACAAUCGCCCACAAAAUUAGAUACCAAAAUAUUUUAUCUACCUGUUGGUCUAACCACUUUCCAAAGGGAUCUAAUAGAAAUAUUAAUCUCAUUGCAUUCAGAAUCCUUUAAAUUAGAAUUGGAUAAAAUAUCGUCUUCUUCUUCUUCUGCCGCUACUAAACCUCAAAUACUUAAAUCCAAUACAUCAAACGCCUUCUCCACUAGACAAAUGACAUACCUAUUGAAUUCAAAUAUAAAAGCUGUCAUAAAUCAUCCCUCUCUCUUAGUGGACCAUUAUAUGCCAAGACAAUAUUUAAGAAUGGAACCAAAUGAAUCAUUGAUUAGUACAAGUGAUAAAUUCCAAAAAUUACAAAAUCUAUUAUUCAUCUUGCAAAAUUAUCCUAAUUUACAAAUAUUAUUGACUUCUCACAAUAUUAAAGAAUUAGAUAUCGUCGAAGGUUUAUUAUUGGGUCAAAAUUUUAAAUUGAAAAGAUUCUCUGGAACUUCAUUAUACGAUGAAGAGCACAUCUAUCCCAUAGAAGAGGAACCAGAGAAUCUGCAACUACAACAGAAACAGACACAAAAACAAGAAUAUGAUUCCUCAACCACUAGAUCGAAGUCAACUACCACAACUAAUGGUAAAAAACUAAAGAAAAACAAUGUGAAUAAACUAAGUAAAAAUACUAGAAACAAUUCAAGAGAAAAUUCAAUGACUCCAUAUUCUUCAGCCUCCUCCUCAUCAUCAACAACUUCAUCUUCCUCCAUAGUAAACCCAAUUGCAUCCUCGAUAAAUCCUGCCACAUUUGGAAUCUUGAAAAAUAGCGGUCAUCAUAAUAAUCAUCAUCCAACACCUUCUUCUUCUACAUCGACAUCAACAUACGCAAGGGAUGAUUAUGAUUAUUCCAUGAAAAGAAAUUCAAGGAAAAGAAAAUUGGAACAUGAACAUGGAAACGUGACCAGGGAUAAAAAUUGGAUAUUCUUAACUACAACUACCCAUUUGAAAAAUGAUCCAUCAUUAUUGUCAAAUUAUAAAAUAAACUUGAUAAUCAGUUUCGAUCCCAUGUUAGAUCCACAUUUAUCAGCCAUUCAAAACAUUCGCUCUCCACAAAGGUAUUUAUUACAUGAACAAAACCAUUUCAUCCCAAUCAUUAAGUUAUUAGUUAAUGACUCACCAGAUCAUUAUAUUCUCUCACAAACUAAUCCACAGGAAGAAGGACAAGAAGAGCACUACAACAAUGAUGACUUACAAUACUCAAACAUGAUAAAAUCAUUAGAUCACUUCUUAAAAACAAGAUCAUCAUCAUCAUCGUCAUCAUCGUCAUCAUCAUCAAAUACCACCGCUCAACAGAAUGCACCAAUCAAAACUUUCGUACAGAACAUAUUCAAUAACGAAUCGAAUUCACCAGAAACGAUACCCAAAUUAUCCCACCUCCCCAUAGGAACGGAACAAGAAUAUCUAACUCCUCAUUUAUCAUACUUAGCCCACACGCGGACACCCAAUGCAACCAAUCCAAACGGGAAUGAACACAACGUAACGAUGACAAUAUCACAAUAUCAGACGGCACUGAUGCAAAUGGCAUUGAAAAGAUAUCAUGAUUUACAAAAUGAACAUUCCGUGAAUGAACGAUUGUUAUACGAUGAACGAAUAAAUGAAAGUGAAAGACAGAAUAAAAUUGAUUCAAUUAAAUUUGAUAUUGGUCGUACUUUUAAAUUGUUAAAGGAUAAGAAUGAAAAGGAGGAGAUUGAAUCUGAUAAGAGGAAGAAUAAGGUUAUUUUCGAUUUUUUGAAAACGAAAGAUCAAUUUGAAGCGCUUAAGGCGAAGGAGUUAGAACUGGUUUCUACGCAAGAUGUGGGGGGGAAAUUGCAAGAAUUGGAGAGGGAUAGGACUUUUAAGAACAUUAAGUUGAAUGAAUUGCAAAUGGAGAAUGAGAAGAAGAAUCAAUUGAAUGAUGAGUUGAGAAGUCAGUAUCAAUUGAAAUCAACUUUAGCAGCUGAUAUGGGCCAUUCUUUAGAGAAAUUGAAAGAUGAUUUGAAAAAUGUUCAAAAGAGGGAAAAGGAUCCUAUUAGUUUGAAGGUUGAUCUUGAAUUGUUAAGUGAUCGUGAAAGAAUUUUGAAAAUGGAAUUAGAUUCAUGGAAGAGAAAGACCAUAUUCUUGAAAAGUUUGGUUGAAAGUUUGAAUAACAAGUAUCCUGUAGAUUUGACUACGAAAAAGAAUACCAAGAAGUCUACCAGAGAAUCGAGCAAUAAUGGGAGAUAUAGAUCCACGCGAUCAAAUACUCCAAAUUACACAAGAUAA